AUGAAUUCAAAAAGCUCUCUGCGGAAGAAAGAGAUCGAAGCUCUCUUACCAGCAAAAGUUUCCAAGUCUUUUGCUCCUCCAUCUGCCUCUGAUAUGGCGGACAGGGCUUCGUUAGAAAGCUUUCUGUACCAUGCAGACUACCAGCCGCAGUCUUAUAUCAGUGAUUGCAAAUCCUUCGGGUUCGAUCCUGAACAUCCUCGCUUCCCUUCCAACAGUCCCACAUUCCAGUUCAAGAGCUGGCAAGUGACCGGCAUGAGAAGAAUGAUGAGGAUACUCGACAACCCUAUUGUGCAGGCUUGCUUGUUAGUAGAUGCCACAGGCUUAGACAAGACUACGAAAAUUCAACGCGGUCUAGCUGUCGCUCGUUGUGAACAAUUGCUGGAAGAUUAUAACGAGAAGAAAGAACUCUACGAAAGAUGGAAUGCAGCGAGAAAUGCAAUUCCUACACAAAACCCUUUUGCAAUUCCGGAUCUCCCAAUCCGUCCUUUGUCACCAAAGCCUAUCUUAUUAGUUGUUCUACCAGAGCUUAUUGAACAAUGGGCUACGGAAAUCAAGAAGUUUUCUGAAGACUUCAAAGUACUUAUAUAUCAUGGAGGUGAACUUACUUCCAAUUUCGGAGUCCAUGAGAAGAUCUCUGCAAAACCAACGAAGGGAAAGUUGACGCGGGAUCAUCCGAUUUUCAACGGAGAUGAAGAGAAUUCUCGUGUUGUUGUCAUCACCUCAGUGGUCACAAUGCUCUCAAGACAUGGACCGACAGCGCUCAAGAACUAUCGGAUGCAUCAUCUGGAAUACAUGCAGCAAGACGCCGACGAUCUAAUCACUGUGAACGAUUCCAACUGA